CCCUUCAAGCGGCUACAUAAGGGGCGAAAAGGCAGCGCGGGACAGAAGCCAGAGCUCCCAGUCUCCUCGCCUCUCCCGCUCAGCCUGACAGCUCCUCUGCUACAGGAUCAGCAUGUCUUGCCCGGCCAGCUUCUCCUCCUCCAGGGCCAGAGGCAGCUGCGUUCUGGGGGGCAACUCUGCCUGGGGCUCCCAAGGGGGAGGUUUCGGGAGCUGCUCCGGCGGGGGCAGGUGGGGGGCAGGCUUGGGCUCUGGGGCCGGCUUUGGCAAGGGUUCUUAUUUUGGCGGGAGCUCUGGCUUCGCUGAAGUUUCUGGCUUCAGCAGCGGGGCUAGCGGAGGCUUCUGCAGCUAUGGAGGUGGGAUGGGAGGUGGCUUUGAGGGUGGUGUUGGCGACGGAGGGCUUUUCUCUGGGAGUGAAAAGCAGACCAUGCAGAACCUCAACGACCGCCUGGCCAGUUACCUGGACAAGGUCCGGGCCCUGGAGGAAGCCAACACAGAUCUGGAGAAUAAAAUCAAGGGGUGGUAUGACAAAUUUGGGCCUGGGUCCAGAGAUGGUGGAUCCAGAAGAGAUUACAGCAAUUACUAUUCUAUACUCGAAGAUCUCAGGAAGCAGAUCGUGGCUGCCACUGUCGAAAAUGCUGGGACCAUUUUGCAAAUUGACAAUGCCAGGCUGGCUGCUGAUGACUUCAGGCUGAAGUAUGAGCACGAGCAGAGCCUGCGCCAGAGCGUGGAGGCCGACAUCAGCGGGCUGCGCAGGGUGCUGGACGGCCUGACCAUGACCCGCUCAGACCUGGAGAUGCAGAUCGAGAGCCUGCAGGAGGAGCUGGUCAUCCUGAAGAAGAACCACGAGGAGGAAAUGACGAGUGUGCGAGGGAGCCGGGGUGGGGACGUGACCGUGGAGAUGAAUGCUGCCCCGGGAACCGACCUCACCAAGUUGCUGAAUGACAUGCGUGCGCAGUACGAGCAGCUGGCCGAGCAAAACCGCCGGGAGGCAGAGGAGCAGUUCAACAAGCAGAGCGCGUCACUCCAGGCACAGAUCUCUACCGACGUCGGGGCAGCCAGUUCUGCCAAAACAGAGAUAACAGAGCUGAAGCGAACCCUGCAAGCCCUGGAAAUCGAGCUUCAGUCCCAGGUGGCCAUGAAAAGCUCCCUGCAAAGAACCCUGGCUGACACCGAAGCUGGCUACGGGGCUCAGCUGUCAGGGAUUCAGGUGAAGAUCAGCAGCCUGGAGGAGCAGAUCUGCCAGGUCCGGGCGGAGACCGAGUGCCAGAACAGAGAAUACGAGCUGCUGCUGGACAUCAAGACUCGCCUGGAGGUGGAGAUCGAGACCUACCGCCGCCUGCUCAACGGAGAGGGAAGUGGCUCUGGUUUUGAAAGAUCCAGGGACGUGGUAUGGAGCAACUCAAGACUUGACAGCCAAGAAAGAGAUCCUAGCAAGACGAGAGUGACGAAGACCAUCAUAGAAGAGGUGGUGGAUGGCAGAGUCGUCUCCUCCCAAGUCAGCAGCAUUUCAGAGGUGAAAAUCAAGUAGGCAGUUUUCAGGUCAACGAUGGCAGUGUCUUUCAGAGAAAAGAUCCAGAAGGACGCAGUGAAUCGCCUCUCCGUAUUCCUCCAGGGAAAAUCUUCAGCCCAGGAAUAGACACCUGGCCCGUGUUUCCCACACUCUCGCUUUCUUAGUAAAUGCUCUGCAACGGUGAAAUGACAACUUUUGUUCUAACCGUGUCUAUGCUUCAGUAAACUCACUUUGGCAAACCAACAAA